AUGAAAUCAGAUGGUAGUUUCGACUCUGUGACCUAUACGAAGAAGACCGUUGAGGAGUCCGUCACUCUCAAAAUCAAGGACCAGCCUCCUCCUCUAUCCACGACUCCUUCCCCCAUUCUAACUCCCACUGAUUCGAUCCAACCCUCUCGCAGUUCACAAUUCAUAUCCCCUCCAACACAGUGUCACGGUCGGCCGCCUUUGCAUGCCGACUCUACCCUUCCGAUAACGACGGUGCCAUAUGACUCAUCCAUCCCACAUCCAGACGAGCUUCAUCCUCCGAGUGGCGUUAAAAUAAAAGGAUACUAUGUAGUUACCAUAGGCCAAGAGGUCGGCAUAUUCUUUCACUGGCUUGAUGCGAAGGUGCGCGUUGAUGGCAUCAGAGGUGCUGCUCAUGCACGUUAUGACCACUGGUCUGACGCACUGGCCCUGUACACGAUGCACUACUACCAAGGCCUUGUGCGUGCAGUACCUACAGUCGGAGGACCUUUCUUUCAUUCUAGCCCUUCCAAAACCAUUGUAGCUGCAUCCACACCUACUGUUCCCAAUCCGACAUCUAGUCCGACACUUACCGCAUCAUCCUCAGACUCUGAUGAGCUCUGGUCUUAUUUCGAUGAUCCAUCCCAAGAACUGCGCAAGCGUUAA